AUGAGGGAUGGGACGCAGCUCAAAUCUAAACCCAACUGUCGCAUCAGCACACACGGGAAGAAACACUCCCUCUUACUGAACAGGGUGGCUUUGGGAGAUGCCGGUUUGUUCUCCUUUCAAGCUAAUGGCAUUCAGACCUCAGGCCGACUCACUGUCAGAGCUAGGGACAUUCACAUCGUGAAGGAGCUGGAAGAUGUCGACACAAUCGAGCGUCAACCUGUAACCUUCGUGUGCGAGGUCAACCAGAUGGAUGUGGAUGGUCGGUGGUACAGAGAUGACUGCCGGAUCCGUCCUGGAGACAGCAUCAGGAUCAGACACCAAGGUAAAACUCAUACUCUGUCCUUCAAGUCAGUCAGACCAGAACAUGCAGGAGAGAUCAGGUUCACGGCAGAGCGGGUCUCAUCCUGUGCAACUCUCACGGUACAAGAGCUUCCAGUCCAAAUAGUGCGUCCUCUGAGAGUAAAAAUUGCCAUGUAUCGCCACCGAGGUCUGCUGGAGUGCCACGUGUCACGGCCUAAUGCUGAGGUCAGGUGGUACAAGAACAGGAAGGAGCUACUUCCCAGCAAGAAGUAUCAUCUAAUCAGCCAAGAUAUCUACAGGCAGCUUGCUAUCAAUGAUGUCUGCUCGUCAGAUGAAGACACCUACACAUGUGAUGCACAGGAUGAUAAAACCUCCUGCCAGCUUCUGGUAGAGGAGCAGGCUAUCACCAUAGUGCGGGGGAUGAAAUCGGUGGAGGUGAUGGAGCCAGAGCCUGCACGAUUCCAGGUAGAGACCAACUUGAAAUCAGGGAGGCCACCAAAGUGGACGCUGAACGGUGAGGUCCUGGAGCCAUGCGCGGCAGUGAACAUUGACAGGGAGGCCACCCUCCACAGCCUGUGCUUCACCUCCACAGAAAGCUCCAUGUCAGGCCCGGUGGUCUUUGUAGCUGGAAAGAGUCGUUCCACCGCUCAGCUUACGGUUAAAGAGCGGCCUCUUCAGGUGGUCCACCACUUGGAUGACGUGGAGGCAAAAGAGAGCAGCUCUGUGACUCUGAGCUGUGAGUUUGCCCCAUCUCCCAGGGUGGUGCGCUGGUUUAAGGGCCGCACAGCUCUGAAAUCCUCUAACAAGUACAGCAUGAAUAGGGAGGGGAAACGAGCAGAGCUGACCAUCCACGGCCUGACGGCGAUGGAUGCGGGACAGUACCGCUGUCUGGCUGGAGGGUCACAGAGCUCGGCACAUGUUAAAGUAGAAGUGCGGAAACUGAAGUUGGUCAAACACCUUGAACCGGUGGAAAUUGAGGAGAAUGGCGUCGCCACUUUCUCAUGCGAACUCAACUACGUGGUGGCCAAUGUGGAAUGGCUCCUCAACAACGUCCGGCUCUAUUCCAACGCCAUCAACAAGAUCCACCACAUGGGCACCAUGCACAGGCUCACAAUCAAAAAGCUUCGGCCACAGGAGAGCAGGGUUACCUUCAAAGCGGGCCUUCUCACUGAGACAACCACCUUAAAGGUCAAAGAAUGCCCAGCAGUGUUCCUGAGGCCUCUGGAGGAUGCAGUUGGAGAGGAGCAAGGGGAGCUUUGUCUUCAGUGUGAAAUUUCCAAAGAGACGGCGAGCCCUGCUUGGAAGAAGGACGGUGUAGUUCUGACAGCUGAUGACAAACACGAGCUGCUCCAGUUUGGGAAGUCCAUGGCUUUGGUCAUCCAUUCACUGAGUAAGGAUGAUGCAGGACAGUACACGUGUGAUCUCGGCACAAGUCAGACCAAAGCUAAAGUCACAGUACAUGACUUACACAUUACAAUCGUCCAGCGUUUGAAGACGACCGCUGUCCUCGAGGGAGACACCUGCACUUUUGAGUGUCUUCUCUCCCAUGAUCUUGACGAUAAACCUUCUUGGACAAUUAACGGCCAGCUCGUGGUUACCAACAGCCGCAUUCAGCUCACCAACAGUGGCCGCAUGUAUACGAUGACAGUUAGAGAUGCGUUACUUACUGACGCUGGAGAUGUGGUCUUCACAAUUAAAGAUCUAACCUGUAGGACCAUGCUUUUUGUUCAAGAGAAGCCAGUGCACAUCUUCAGGGACUUGUUGAACGUCAAGGCCGUGCCUGGUGAGGAUGCAGAGCUGACCUGUGAAAUCACCAAACCUGAAGUCACCAUCCGCUGGCUGAAAAAUGGGCGUCUGAUCAAGGAGAGCCCCAAGUAUGAGAUGAGCGUGGAGAAACAUCUGGCACGAUUGGUGAUCAAAAGCACCACUAUCCGAGACUCUGGAGAGUACUGCUGUGAGGCCGAAGGCGUGGCCUCCCGUGCCAAGCUUGAGAUCAGAGAGUUACAGCACACGUUUGCCAGGGAGCUGAAAGACACUCGAGCAGAAGAAAAAGGAAAGGUGACACUCGAGUGCGAGACGAGGCAGCCAGCCAAACGCGUGACCUGGCUGAAGGGCUUGAUUGAGCUGCGGCCUGGAAGGAAGUAUGUCAUCAGGCAGAAGGGCGUGGUGCUGUCCCUCACCAUCACCUCACUGGAGAAAUCGGACACAGAUAUUUAUAUAUGUGAUGUUGGCACCAUGCAAAGCCGGGCACAGCUGACUGUGCAAGGUCAGAAGGUGGUGAUACUGGAUGAACUGGAAGACGUUGAGUGUCUGGAGGGGGACACAGUCACAUUCAGGUGUCGUAUCUCUCCCAGUGACUACGCUGGGGCCAAGUGGUAUUUGGAUGAGACUUUGCUUUAUACCAACGAGCUCAAUGAGAUCCAGGUGCUUUCAGGAGGCUUCCACACCCUUACGUUUAAACAGCUGGCCCGUAAAGACACUGGCACUAUUUCCUUCGCAGCAGGGGACAAAAGAUCUUACGCCUCGCUGUUGGUCCGAGAAAGGCGUCCCACCAUUUGUAAGUCACUUGAGGACUGUGAGGCCAUCGAAGGAGGUGGCUUGAUUUUGUCCUGUGUGACCUCCAAGCCGUGUCACAUCCUGUGGUACAAAGAUGGCUGUCUCAUGUGGAACUCCUCAAGAUACUUUACCAGUCGUUUGGGGUGCGAAGCUCGGCUGACCAUCCGAGAAGUUUGCCAAACAGAUGCAGGAGUGUACGAGUGCAGUGCUGGCUCUGUUACAACUAGGGCCGCGGUCACUGUCAAAGCCAUCCCAGCAGAGUUCAUCCACCAUUUGAAGCAUGUGGAGGCCAAAGAAGGAGAAGCUGUCACCCUGACCUGUGAGUACUCUCUGCCUGGGGUCCAGGUCCACUGGAAGAAAGGUUUUGAGAGCAUCAGGCCAGGAGACAAGUACGUGAUGAGACAGAGGAAAACGAUCAACUCUCUGACCAUCAAAGCCCUGAAACCCGAGGACGCUGGACAGUAUACAUGCCAGUGCAGAGACCACCACACUACAGCAAGUCUCAAAGUACACGCUGUUCCGAUCACAUUCAUACAACAACUCAAGAAUAUGCAAGCAGAAGAGGGCAGCAGUGUCAUAUUGCGCUGUGAAAUUUCCAAACCUGGAAUACCGGUAGAGUGGAGGAAAGAGGAUGAGGUGCUGAAGAAUAGUGUGAAGUACCAGAUAAGGAAAAGGGAGACCACACUGGAGCUCCUCAUAUGGAAACCUGUGCCCGAGGACGGUGGGGUCUACAGCUGUGUGUGUGCUGAUCAGAUGACAUCUGCCACUGUCAAGAUUACUGCUCUCCCAGUCACCUUCAAGCAGAAGCUGAGGAACGUGUUGAUAGAGGAGGGCAACACUGCCACGUUACGCUGUGAGCUCUCCAAACCUGGUCACACAGUGGAGUGGAGGAAAGGCGGGGAUGAACUGAUAAGAAAUGGAGAGAAAUAUCACAUACGACAGAGAGACAUGCUCAUUGAACUGAGGAUCUUUGACGUGACCCCCGAGGACAGCAACAUCUACACAUGCAUCUGUGGAAACGUGGAGACCACCGCUACUCUGACUGUUAAUGCUCUUCCCAUCGUCUUCAAACAAAAGCUAAAAAAUGUACAAGUCGAGGAAGGACACAACAUCACGCUGUGUUGUGAGAUCUCUAAACCUGGUGUCUCAGUGGAAUGGAGGCUUGGAGGAGAUCUGCUUGAGCACGGAGACAAGUACCAGAUAAAGCAGAGGGACUCGGUCCUGGAGCUGACCAUCAGAGAUGCUGUACCAGAGGACAGCGGUGUCUACACAUGUGUCUGCCGAGAGCAGAGGACAAAGUCUACUGUUAAAGUUAUUGCGAUCCCCGCGACAUUUAAGGUGAGCCUGAAGAGUCAGGUGGCCGAAGAAGGGACCAGCAUGACGUUACAGUGUGAGCUGUCAAAGAAGGGAGUCCCGAUUCAGUGGCAGAAGCAGGGUCAGCUGCUCUCUGAGGAGGGAUCUCGGGGAAAGUAUCGCAUAGAGCUCGAAGGAAAGACGGCUAAACUGACCGUUUUAAACAUCCAACCAGAAGACGCAGGAAAAUACAGCUGCAUCACAGGAGAUGAGAAAACCACCGCUGAAGUCAAAGUGAAACCACUUCCUGUGACAUUUAAACGGGAGAUCCGGAACCUGGUGGUAAAGGAAGGCGACAGCGGCGUUUUCUGCUGUGAGCUCUCCAAACCUGGAGCUGCAAUCAGCUGGAGGAAAGGCAGAGUCAUUCUGAAACCUGGAGAGAAAUACGAGAUGAAACAGGACGGAUGCGUCACCAGGCUGAUCAUCAACAACGUGGAGGACAGCGAUGCCGGCAAAUACACCUGCAAGACUAAAGACAGCCAAUCCACUGCUGAGCUCACAGUCGUAGAGUCACCGCCUAGUUUCAAGAUACUGCUAGCCAAUCAGGAGGUGACGGAGGGCAGCAGCGUGGUUCUACGCUGUGAGCUCACCAAACCUGCGUCCGCGGUGGAGUGGAGGAGAGGAGGAGAGCUGCUGAAGAAUGGAGACAAGUACCAGAUGAGGAAAAAAGACCUGCAGGUGGAGAUGAAGAUCGCAGACCUCUGUGUGGAGGACAGUGGAGAUUAUACUUGUAUAUGUGGAGAACAGAGGACAACAGCUGAGAUCAGAGUGAAUGAGCGGCCUAUCAAAUUUCUUCAAGACUUGAAGAAUAUUCAGGUGCAGGAGGGCGGUGUUGUUACACUGUGCUGUGAGCUGUCCCAGCCUGGGGUCCCCGUGCAGUGGACAAAGGGAGACACUGUCCUUUCCAAUGGAGACAAAUACCAGAUCAAGCAGAGCGGCUGCAUCCACGAGCUCCACAUCAGGAAAAGCCUCCCUGAGGACAGCGGGACCUACAGCUGCAUUUGUGAUGAGAUAAAAUCCAUGGCAACAACAAUCGUUACUGCAAUACCAGUGACCUUUAAGCAGAAACUGAAGAACCAGGAAGCUGUGGAGGAGGGCUGCGUGACCUUACGCUGUGAGCUUUCAAAAGCCGGAGUCCCCGUGGAGUGGAGGAAAGAGGCUCACCUGGUGAAAGAGGGAGAAAAAAUUCAAAUAAAGCAAGAAGGCCGAGUGGUGGAGAUGUUAAUCAGAAAUGUAACUCUGGCAGACUCUGGCGAGUACAGCUGUUCUGUUGGGACCGUUGUGACAUCAGCUGACAUCAAAGUAAGAGCACUUCCUGUUACAUUUACAAAGGAGGUUGAGAAUUUGGAGGUGAGGGAGGGGGACGGUGGAGUUUUCUGCUGUGAGCUCUCCAAACCUGGAGCUCCGGUGGACUGGAGAAAAGGCAGAGUGAUCCUGAAGCCUGGAUACAAAUAUGAGAUGAAACAGGAGGGACGCGUCACCAAGCUGAUCAUCAACAACGUGGAGGAGAGCGAUGCUGGCAAAUACACCUGCAAGACUAAAGACAGCCAAUCCACUGCUGAGCUCACAGUUAAAGCGCCGCCAGUCACAUUCAAAACUAAGCUAAAGAACCAGCAGGUGGAGGAGGAGAACAGCGUGACCCUGAGCUGCGAGCUGUCCAAGCCUGGCCUUGCUGUGGAGUGGCGGAAAGGAGAAGAGCUGCUGAGGAAUAAUUUCAAGUACCAGAUUAAAAACCGAAACAACGUCAUGGAGCUGACGGUCAAAAAUGCACAACUGGAGGACAGUGGCCUCUACAGCUGUUUCCAUGGAGAUGUCAAGACUACAGCCAAUGUCACAAUCACACCUAUACCGCUUACGUUCAGAAUGGGUCUGAAGAACCAGGAGGCCCCUGAAGGAGGCAACGUGUCCCUGCGCUGUGAACUAUCCAGGGCCGGGGUGCCCGUACAGUGGUGGAAGGGGGAGGACCAGCUUUAUCAUGGAGGAAGAUAUCAGAUGAUACUGAAGGGGAGGAUAGCUGAGAUGACCAUCAGGAACAUCCAGCCAGAGGAUGUCGGCGAGUACAGCUGCGCCUUCGGGGAGCAGAAGACGACAGCUGAAGUCAACGUGAGAGCGGCAGCAUCUGUGUUCUUUGAAAAGGAACUUGAGAGCCAAACUGUGAUGGAGGGGAAGUCUGUGCUGUUCUCCUGUGAAGUCUCCAGUCCUAACGUGCCCGUAACGUGGAAGAAGGGCAACACUGUGGUGGAAGAAGGAGGACGUUAUAUCGUAACAAAGAAAGGCCCCAGUCACACUCUGGAGAUCAAGAAAUUGCAUCUGGAGGAUGCUGGGGAGUUCUGCUGUAUCACCAGGGGCAAGAAGACCACUGCCAAGUUGAUUGUCAGGGAGCGCGUUCGGAUCGUUACAGAGCUUCAAGACAAAGCGGUGACAGCGGGAGAGGACGCGGUGUUUGUGUGCGAGCUGAGCCACGCAGACGUGAGCGAGGGCGUCUGGUGGCUUGGGAACAGCCCUCUGCAGAAGAACGAGAUGAAUCAGAUGACGUGUCACGGCCGACAGCACCGACUGGUGCUCACCAUGACAACGCCUGAGGAGACGGGCACGGUUGCUUUUGUGGUCGGGGAGGAGAGGACCUCUGCACGCCUGCUGGUUGUUCCGAAGCCUAAAGUUUUAUUGGAGGAGAAGCCCAAAGACACGGUGGUCAUGGAGGGCGAGACGGCUACUUUGAGUUGCACCACCUCUGACCUCACCACCUUGGUUACCUGGAAACGCAACCACAUUCCUCUUCGAAAUGGUGAUAAAUACGAGAUGCGCAAGGAGGGAAAAGUCAACCUGCUGCUCAUCCGUGAUGUCGACCCCCUGGAUACUGGUGUAUACUCCUGUGAUACAGGAGACAUGCAGAGCACUGCCAAACUUACCGUCACUGAGCUUCCUCCGUUCUUCCAGGAGGAGCUUCAGAGUGUGGAAGCUGAAGAAGGAGCUUCGGCCACCCUGUACUGCGAGUUGUCCAAACUUGGAGUACCAGUUCAGUGGAAGAAAAACAGCUUGCCCCUAAGAGCGAGCAGGAAGUAUGAGAUGCGACAGGACGGUUGCUUCCUCCAGCUUCACAUCAAGGAGCUCAAACUUGAAGACAGUGGCAGCUACUCGUGCCAAGCAGGGGGUGCAGAGACCAGUGCAACUGUGUCUGUGAAAGAACUUCCUCCAUUCUUCAAGAAAGAAUUAAGAAGUGUGGAGGCUGACGAGGGAGGUACAGCCUCCUUGUACUGCGAGUUGUCCAGACCUGGAGUGUCAGUGCAGUGGAAGAAGAACAGACUACCUCUGAGAGCCAGCAGGAAGUAUGAGAUCAGGCAAGAGGGCUGCAUCUUACAGCUUCACAUCAAAGAGCUCAAGCCUGAAGACAGUGGCAGCUACACAUGCCAAGCAGGAAGUGCAGAAACCAGCACAAAUGUGUCAGUGAAAGAGCUUGCACCAUUUUUCCAAAAAGAGCUGCAGAAUAUGAAGGCAGAGGAGGGAAGUACGGCAUCACUGUGCUGUGAGCUGUCUAAGCCUGGGGUGUCAGUGCAGUGGAAGAAGAACAAGCUGCCUCUGAGAGCCAGCAGGAAGUAUGAGAUGAAGCAGGACGGCUGCUUAGUCCAGCUUCAUAUCAAAGAGCUCAAACCCGAGGACAGCGGCAGCUACACGUGUCAAGCAGGGAGCACAGAGACCACUGCAGCUGUAACAGUGAGAGAGCUUCCACUUGUUUUCAGAGAAGAAUUACAAAGUAUAGCUGCAGAGGAAGGAGGUACAGCCUUAUUGUCCUGUGAGCUGUCCAAGCCUGGCAUAUCAGGGGAGUGGAGGAGGAACAAGCUGCCUCUGAGAGCCAGCAGGAAGUAUGAGAUGAAGCAGGACGGCUGCCUCCUCCAGCUUCAUGUCAAAGAGCUCAAACCCGAGGACAGCGGCAGCUACACGUGUCGAGCAGGGACGGCUGAAACUACUGCAAAAGUGUCCGUGACAGAGCGCCCACCUGUUUUCAAACAAGAUUUGAAAGAUGUGGCUGCUGAGGAAGGAGGCACAGCCUUCCUGUGCUGUGAAGUGUCUAAACCUGGAUUAUCAGUGCAGUGGAAGAAGAACAAGCUGCCACUGAGAGCAAACAGGAAGUAUGAGAUGAAGCAGGACGGCUGCCUCCUCCAGCUUCAUAUCAAAGAGCUCAAACCCGAGGACAGCGGCAGCUACUCGUGUCGAGCAGGAGCUGCAGAGACAGCUGCAACUCUGACAGUGCAAGAGCUGCCUCCUUUCUUCAAGAGAGAAUUACAAAAUAUAGAAGGCGAGGAGGAAAGCACAGCAGCCCUGCACUGUGAAGUGUCUAAACCUGGGGUGUCAGUGCAGUGGAAGAAAAACAAAACACCAUUAAGAGCCAACAGGAAGUAUGAGAUGAAGCAGGACGGCUGCCUCCUCCAGCUCCACAUCAAAGAUCUCAAACCCGAGGACAGCGGCAGCUACACCUGUAAAGCUGGAGGUGCAGAAACCAGUGGGACUGUGACAGUAAAGGAGCUCCCUCCAUUCUUCAAGCGAGGUUUACAGAGCAUGGAAGUUGAAGAAGGAUGCACGGCUUCCCUUUCCUGUGAACUGUCUAAACCUGGAGUUAUGGUGCAGUGGAAGAAGAACGGGCUGCUGGUGAGACCGAAUGCAAAGUAUGAAAUGAAGCAGGAGGGCUGCUUCAUCCAGCUGCUGAUUAAGGAGCUCACAGUGGAAGACAGCGGCAGCUACACGUGCCAAGCAGGCAAAGCAGAGACCAGCGCAGCUGUAACAGUGAAAGAGCUCACUCUAUUCUUCAAUAAAGAAUUAGAAAGUAUAGCGGCUGAAGCAGGAGGUGCAGCUUCCCUGUAUUGUGAGCUGUCUAAGCCCAGCGUAUCAAUACAGUGGAAAAAGAACAAGCUCCCACUGAGGGCCAGCAGGAAGUAUGAGAUGAAGCAAGAUGGCUGCUUCCUGCAGCUGAUCAUCAGUGGGCUCAAACCUGAAGACAGUGGUAACUACUCUUGUCAGGCAGGAAGCAUAGAGACCACUGCAAUGGUGCAAGUAAAAGGACUACAACCGACUCCAGCAGAGGCAGAACCUCCAACAAUCAUGCCGCAGGUAAAAGAAACCGUUUCCAAAACAACUCCUACUCAGGAGACGCAGAGACCGGGAGUCUCAGAGGGUAAAGCAGCUCCUCCUGAGCCUAAAAAGAGGGCAAGAAAAGCAUCAAUUGCAAAUUCAGAAAAAGACACAGAGCUUGUUUUUGACCUCGGACCGUCUGCGCUGAAGGAUGAUGAUAAAGUCCAAAAGGACAUUCAGUCUGCAAGAGCCGUAGAAAAAGGCACUGAUGGUGCACAGAACGCAGCACAUGAACAGAUUAAUAAAGUGAAGGACAGGGAAGUGAACAAGAAAGCUGAUAAACCUGUGAGACUACUGGAGACUAUAGACUAUAGGGUUGACGGGAAGGUUGGGGAGCCAGCUAAGCAUUUGGAAAAAGAAACUGAUGCUUUACCGGAGAUGAAACAAACAAGAAGACAUACUGAAGAAUUAGCUCCAGCUGACCACGAAGAAACUCAAUCAGACAGGGCUUUGGAUAAAACAUGUUUUGAACAAAGGAAACAAAAAGAAAAGAAACGUGGAACUGAAAAGAGCUCAGAACAACUAGAAAUACCUUUGGCAAAAAGUGAAGUUGAUGAGAAGAGGAAACAUCCAGCUGCAGAAGUAGGAAUGAUUAGCCAGGAUGAAAAGUCUCCUGUGAAACCACUAGAAGGGUUGAUUAGCAAAGAAUCAAUGAAAGAUCAAAAUAUGAAAUCUUUAGAAAAUGAAGGUGAACUAGACAAGACAGAAGGAGAGCCUUUGAAACCACCAACAAGAUCUAAAGGAAAACUGACAGAUGGAAAGCAACCAAUCAAGUAUUUACUGAAGGAUAGUGAGGAGAUCCUUCCUACAAUGCUAAAGACUACACAGAUCGAUUCUGAAGAAGACGGCAAACAGAGAGAUCGUCUGAAUAAACAAGUGUCCAAAGAGUCAGAGAGAGGAACAAAGCCAGAACAAGUGUUUGACAAAGAGCCAACUGAACAACCAGAACGGCCGGUAGAAAACGAAGCUCCGUUUACUCAUCCAAAGCCUCCGGUGAGGACAAAAAGCAAAGUCAAAGGUGUAGAAAAACAAGUAUCACGGGACACUGAGACGGAUCGAGAGGAACAAGAACCAACAUCAGGAGUGGUAAAAGUUCAAGACCAACCAAUAAAACAACUUCUAAAGCCAUUAAUAAAACAGGCCAAAGAGAAACCAGCAUUUGAGAGGAACCAGCCAGUUACAGCAACUGAGAAAACAGAGCAGCCUGCCAAACCUCCAUUAAAACAGCCAGUUAAACCCAUGAGAAAAGAACCGAAAAUGGACCAGGACGUGAGCCUAGCAGUGGAGCCAACGAGAAGGGAGGAAGAACAACAAACAAAGGUGGCAGAAGACAUUCCUCUCCUUUAUAUUUCUGAAGAUGAAACUUUCUCAGAGGCUUUGACUGAGAUACCAGCUGAGAUUCUACUCCAGACGACAGAACCAUUGAAGGAGUCUCCGCCGGAGAUCGAGAUCAGCACCGAGGAUGAGCCACAAAUGCAAGAGGCUGCAGUCAAGAUCCAGGCUGCUUUCAAAGGCUUCAAGACACGCAAAGAUAUGCGACCAGUUUUUAAAGAGGUUUUUAAGAACCGGACAGCAGCUCUUCACGGUAUGCUCACUCUAAUGUGUGUUGUUGAGGGAAAGCCGAGCGCAGUACGGUGGCUCAGAAAUGGCCAACAAAUUUCCAACGACCAGAGAUGCAGGAUUACGACUACAGAUGAUGGAGAAUGCACACUUGUGAUCAAGAACCUGUUAAACAGCGACAGUGGAAUUUAUACCUGUGAGGUGGUCAAUAAGUUUGGUGUGACCUCCUACAAUGGAAACAUAACGGUGGUGCAAACUCCACAGCCUGCCCCUGUGGCACAGAGGCCCGUACACCCACCUCUUGCAGCCAUUACUCCUUUGCAGCUCGCCCCAACAAAGCCCGAAGCCCCGCCCAAAGACCAGAAUGAGAAUCUGCCACAGAGUCAAGCGCAGGUGCCCACGUCAGCAGAGAACUAUGCAGAAAGCAUGAACGUGUCUCUGUGGGAGGCCUACACCCUGACAGAGCAUGCUCCUCAGCAGACCCUACAAGAGAGGAGACGGUCCUCUGUCAUGGCUGCCAGCUCCAUGUCGAGUCCCUCUGAUUAUGACACAGCUCCCGAUAUGAUGGAACCUGUUGAGAUUUCCACAAUCACACCGAGGGAAGAACCAAAACCAACAGAACAAGCAGCUCCGAAGGACGAUAACGAGGAGAUAACCCAACCUCCCACGAUGCUAUUAAAGAUCAAAGGGGCCCAUGAUGGUAAAAUGAGGACACCAUCUCCAAAACACCGUGCCCACACGCCCUUGGACAGCACCGUCUCUGGAUCUGAGUCUGAAGGAGAAGAGGACAGAAGAGAGACGUUUGAAAUAUAUGUGGCUCGAGCUCACUGUUGCCCUAACAGUGGCAGUAAGGAGAGUUUUAUUCUGAAGGAGGGCCAGUUUGUAGAGGUCCUGGACUCUGUUCAUCCUGACAGAUGGCUGGUGAGGACCAAACCCACCAAAACCAACCCUGGUCGGCAGGGAUGGCUGUGUCCAGCAUACUUGGAGAAGAAGAGAAAGGAGACCUUCCCCCAACUGAGAGCACGUCAAGAGGAUCUUGAUGGAAUUGGAUGUACAGGAGAAGAGUACAGGAGAGGCCUGAGUCAGUUGAUCCAAGGCCUGAUUGAUGGAGAAGAGGAGUUUGUGAGAGAGAUGAAGAUGUUUAUAUCUCAGCAGCUAAAUUUUCUGGACUCCAGCUACCACGUCCCCGUUAACGUCCUCAACCAGAAAGAGAUCAUUUUCAGGAACAUCAAAGACAUCGUGUUGUUACAUGAGAGGUGUGUCCUUCCUGGGUUGAGGGAGUGUGCCACAGAUGAUGAUGUGGCCAUGCAUCUGAUCAAACACAGAGAAGACUUUGAGAAGUAUAUUCACUACAUGGUGGGACAAGCUCAAGCAGAGGCCUGCAUCGCUGACAAGACUGUCCAACAGUUUUUCAAGGAGUUAACAGAAGCUGGUAAGCUGGACGGUGCUGUUAUGGAUGUCCUUACAUUCCUCCAGCAACCAGUGGAAAGAAUUCAAACUUACAAAGCUUUACUAAAGGAGUUAAUCAAGAAUAAAGCUAAGAGUGGCCAGAGCUGCUAUCUGCUGGAGGAUGCUUUCUCUUUGGUGUCCUGCCUUCCCUGGAGGUCAGACAACCUGCACAAGGUGUCUCUGAUUGAGAACUACCCGGCUCCUCUUAUUGCCCUGGGUGAGCCCGUGCGUCAGGGAUCCUUCACAGUGUUGGAGGAGACUCCAGAAAUUAAGACCCCCUCUAGAGGGCAUCAGAGACAAGUCUUUCUCUUCAAGGAAUGCAUUGUACUGUGUAAACUGAAAAAAGACACCAGCAUGAACCGAGACACCUACAGCUUUAAGAACAAAAUGAAGCUGAAUGAUGUGGAAAUAAAGGAGACUGUGGGUGGAGAUGAAAGGUCUUGGGGCUUGUGGCACGAACACAGAGGCUCCAUAAGGAGGUACACGCUGCAGGGCAGCUCCACGCUGGUCAAACUGUCCUGGCUUAAAGACCUGAAGGAGCUACAGCAACGUUCCAGCCUGCCUACUAACAGUCCCCCAGUGUUUGAGUUACUGUUGUCUGACUGCACGUCAAAGAUGGGACAAACAAUCAAGCUGACCUGCAAAGUGUCAGGAUCUCCAAAACCAGAGAUCAGCUGGCUCAAAGAUGGCCUUCCUUUGGAGGACGACCCACGUCACAUCAUCACAGCAGACCGGUCGGGCUGUUGUAGUCUCAUCGUGGACAGCCUCACUGCGGAGGACUCUGGAGAGUACGCGUGCUACGCUACCAGCUUCAUGGGCAGUGCUGGCACUCUGGCUAAGGUGGUGGUGCAGACUCCACCCAGAUUCGUGAGUCGACUGGAAAGUGCUUGUCUCAUUGAAGGAGAGGACAUCCAGUUCUCCUGCUCCACAUUCACCACUCCUUUACCCAGAAUUAGGUGGUUGAAGGAUGGCAAAGAGUUGACUGAGCAGCAGAAAUACUUGAUUAUGAAUGAUGCACGGAGCGGGAUCCUGUCUCUGACCGUCGUCGGGGCAACUGAAGCAGAUAUUGGGCAGUACGAGUGUGAGCUUUGGAAUGAACUUGGUGGCGUCAAGUGCAAGGCAGGUUUAUGCCCCGCCUAUGUCCCCCCGACUGACCGUGAGAAUGACCAAUCACAGGACUUACCUCCUAAAGAUCCUGACUCAGAGGGCUGGUCUGCUGCAUUUGUGAAGAAAUGGUUACAGGCUGAUUUCAACCCAACUUCUAAAGCCAAGAUGCUUUUUCCUCCCGAAAGUCCUGAACACGCUGAGGGUGGUGCUGAAGUGACUCUUUAUGCCCCCACGUCAGCCGAUCAAGCACCACAGCAGCCCAUGAGUUACCAUGAGGAAGAAGAGGAGAUCUACAUCUCAGAGCAAAUACAGGAAAUUGCAGAUGCUCCUCCCUCUAUUCAGAUACCCAUCGAGGACCUGUUUGUAGAGCCGGGUCACCCAUCGACAUUUAUAGCCAUCAUCACAGGAAGACCAGCACCUAAGAUAAAGUGGUACAAGGACGAAGAGGAGCUUGCAGCCAAUGAGAAUGUGAAGAUGGGACAACAUGGUGCCCGCUGCUCAUUAACCAUAGUGUGCACCGAGGGUGAGGACAGUGGGAUGUACACCUGCUUCGCUCACAACGACUCUGGUUAUGCAUCGUGUCAGGCUGAGCUGACAGUAGAAGAAGGACCCCUGGAGUUUCAGGAGAGAGAGGUGGAGCUGGGAAAAAGAAGGAAGCUGUUCUCUGUCUAUGACGUCCACGAUGAAAUUGGAAGGGGAACGUUCGGAGUAGUGAAGCGCAUCGUCCACAGAAGGACCGGUGAAGUCUUUGCGGCCAAGUUUCUGCCUCUGCGGAGCAGCACCCGGACCAGGGCCUUCCAGGAGAGGGACCUGCUGUCCCGGCUCGCUCACCCCAGAGUGGCUUGUCUGCUGGACUUCUUUUGCACCAGACGCACCUUGGUGCUGAUUACAGAAAUCUGCUGUUCUCACGGGCUUCUGGAUCAUUUAUUCCUGAAAGGAUCAGUCUCAGAAAAAGAGAUUCAGUCAUUCAUACAGCAAAUUCUGGAGGGAGUUGGUCACAUUCAUAGCAUGAACAUCUUGCAUCUGGACAUUAAACCUGAUAAUAUCCUCAUGGUGUAUCCCCCAAGAGACGAGAUCAAAAUCUGUGACUUUGGCUUCUGCCAGGAAAUAGACACAUCCAGGCACCAGUACAGCAUGUUUGGCACGCCUGAAUUUGUUGCCCCAGAAAUUGUUCACCAAGAACCAGUAACUGUGGCCACUGAUAUUUGGGCCGUGGGGGUUGUUGCGUUUCUCUGUCUGGUGUGUCGAUGCCCUUUUGUUGGCGAGACUGACCGCGCCACACUGCUGACGGUGGGGGAGGGGACUCUGAACUGGGCAGCCCCUGAUAUCAUGUACAGGAGCCCAGAAGCCAAGAACUUUCUCCACAUGCUCCUUCAGCCUGACCCAGAGAAGCGACCGUCUGCCUUUGAGUGCUUGGGCCAUGACUGGAUCCAGGAUGAACAUGCAGGAGAAGACACGGAUGAAAUCAAUACAAGGAGUCUGAAAGCCUUUAUUUCAAAAAGAAAAUGGCAGCGUUCUCUGACAUGCAUUGGGUCAGUGCUCACGCUGAGGCCCAUUCCUGAGCUACUAGAUGCUCCUCUCAGGGAGACGGCAGUGACGGUGCCCCGUGAGCCCCAAGAACACAGCAGUACCUCCCCGAGCAGUGGCUCUUCGUCGGAGUAUGACGAGGCUGACUCCUGGGACUUUUUCCAGCACUGCAGCCAGACUGAAGAGGAAGAGGAAACAGAGGAAGACUAUGAUCCUUUAAUGGAGAGAGCACAGAUCCCAGAUCCUUUUCCCAGCUUCCACCGGGAUGGAGAAGAGGAAGGGGAUUUGACACUAGGCGAGGAAGAGGAUGGGGAGAUAGUAGGAAGGAGGACUGUAUUAGAGCGGAGUAUAAGCAGGCAAUCGGUCGCAUCAUCAGAAGUAUCGUGUCAAAGGACACCUCAGAGGGAACGUCGGUUCAGCAAGGACAGCAGCCCAUCGCUCUACCUGUCGGAUGGGGAUGAGGGUUCAGGGAGUGACGGAGGUCGUAUUCCUCGGGGUAGCGUCAUCCGAAGCACUUUUUAUAGCAACUCUCAUCAGCUUUCGCCGUUGUCUGCCAGACACAUGACAUUAAGGGACAAAUUUCAAGCUAAGAAGCAGGAGAGGGGCCGCAAGCCACUCAGGAGGAGCUUCUCAGGACGCCUCAACGAGCCUCUUAUUGAAUAUGUGGAGGAUGAGACAGAGACCAGCCGUGGCCAGAGACGAGCAUCCAUCCAGACCGCAAUGCAGAAGUCCUGCUCGUUUGACAGCGGGGUGGGUUUCGCCCAUGCUAACGCACCACCUCACAGAAGGAGUAGGUCUCUUGAUGAGUAUUCACGUCGGUCUCCCACCUCACCCAAACGUGCGAACGCCGGUGAAGAAGAAGGGUCACAAAGUCUAAAGGAAGAUUUUACAGACGAUGAAGUGGCCGGGACAAACUUGCUGGCAAUCCCAAAUUCUCAGCGAGCCACGAGAAGAGGCUCUGUCACUCCUGUACAGGUGAUUCAGACUUUUAGAGGAUCCUCUGUUCCUUCGAGGUUAGACCAAGUACAGACAGAGGGAGAUAACUUUGCUGGCUCCCAGGGGUCUCUGGCUGAGUCUUUUAUUUUGGAGCAUGGUGGAUCUGAGUCUUCAAGUAGACUUGGCUCCAAUGAAGAACUGAGUCACGGUCGUCUCAGAGGGAGAUACAGAUCAGGAGACGGCGAUGGAUAUGAUGAUCAGGGUGAGCGCCUCAUUGCACCAUCGCCUCGCUCUUUCCAAGAAGUAAAACCUCGAAGCUCGUUUCCCCGGGCACCACCACGUAAUCGCACACGCUCCAAUCCCAACCUGUCCACAAACAGCAGAGGUCAGCUGGGGACGCCGCUAAUGCCAAGCCCCAGUCCCAGCCUCUCUUCUCUACAGGCUCCAGAGAGGCCUCCCAGAGCCCGGGACAAGAAAGAGGGUCACAGCCUCCAGAGGCACGCAUCUGCUCCAGCCCUUGAAGCUCGACCACCUACAGGAAGGUCACCAAAACUGGGACUGCUGAACAUCUUCCGCAGGCAAUCCUGGACUGGCCAUUCCUACUCCCAUCUGGAGGACACAGAGUUAGGACCAACUCUGGGCGAGAUCAUGAAGCCUGAUACACCCACCAUGUCUCUAAGGAAGAGAAUGAGAGCGUCAGCCUCAAGUCUGACCAAACUGUUUUCCAGAUCCUCCAGUAAAGAGGACGUGAGUAAAGGAGGGCCAAUAGUGAAAGGAUCAGCUCCCACUCCACCUGAAAGGAAGCGCAGCAGCAGCCUCGAGAGUCCCAAAAAGAGGAGCUCAAAGCUCUUACCAUCCUUCAAAAUACCUGCGUUUAAAAAGAAAGACCUGCCAGUUCGCCCCAGCAAGGCUGAGGUGCUACAGUUGGAUGGAGGCGGAGUCCUCCUGGCGUGGAGGCCGGUUCACUCAAGUGAUCCCGUCACUUACUGCGUGCAGUACUGUACCGACGGGGGGGAGUGGACAGUCCUGUCAGAGGACGUGACAGACAGCUGCUAUGUGGCAAAGGACUUACCGAGAGGAGCUUCUUACGUGUUCAGGGUGGGUUGUGUCACAAAGAUGGGAGCAGGACCGUUCAGUGACGCUUCAGCUCCCGUUGUUAUGGCGACUCAUCCUGAAGAGAUCCACAUUCCUCUCAUUCAGACUGAGUCACUGGGGUCAAAGGUCAUUGGAUCAGAACAAGCAGCACACAAGAACUACAACUUCCUGCCUGAGAUCAACAGGGGUCGUUUCAGCGUGGUAGCCCUGUGCAGGAACGCUGAGACCAGCCAGGUGUUUGCGGCCAAGAUCACCCCUUACCAAGCAGAGCAGAGGCAGCUGGUGUUGAGGGAGUACCAGCUGCUGAGGAGGCUUCACCACCCCCACCUGGUUCAGCUGCACUGUGCUUUCAUCACCUCCUGCUACCUCGUGUUAGUAGAAGAGCUUUGUCCCGGCAAGGAGCUCCUCUACAGCCUGGCUGCGAGAGAUCUGUACGCAGAGACUCAAGUGGCCGAGGUGCUGGUUCAGAUCCUGAGUGCGGUCGACUAUCUCCACAGCCGUCGAGUCAUCCACCUGGACCUGAAGUCUGACAACAUGCUGGUGGACGACUGUAACCACCUGAAGAUUGUUGACUUUGGCUCGGCUCAGUCCUUCACACCCGGACAGCCUUUAAACAUCGAGCACAUCCAGGGCUUUUCUGACAGCAGAGACUCCUGCAGCAAAGUGUAUAUUAUCCUUCCUAAAGCUCCGGAAAUCCUCGAAGGUCAGGGUGUUGGGCCAGAGACCGACAUCUGGGCUGUUGGAGUUUUGUCGUUCAUUAUGCUGAGUGCUGACAGCCCGUUUCAUGCAGAGCACAGCUGGGAUCAAGACAGAAACAUCAGGAAAGGGAAGAUCCAGUUUGGACGCUGUUACCCGGGUCUGUCUGAGGGAGCCCUGAACUUCAUGAAGAGCAGCCUGAACAACAAAUCCUGGGGGAGACCCACUGCGGCCGAGUGUCUCCAGAAUCCGUGGCUCCGUGCCCAUCGCGCCCCACACAAAGCCCGACACUCCAAAGUCUGCUUCUCCACCGACAAACUUAAAGCUUACCUCAAGCAGAAAGAGGAGAAACGAGAUCAGGUGCGCACCAAGCUUCAGGGUCCCUUCUUCUUCCAGUGAGGCGACGAUGCCAAAGUUACCAUCAUCAUUCUUAAAGAAGAAAAAAACCUGCAGCCGUAACGACGUGUCAGUGCAGCGGUUUGUGCUUCAAGUGUUGCUCUUUGUCUGCCAACCUGGAGCCGGGUUUGAUUUAUAAAAACGUUUGAUUUUUAAAAUUUGAUGCGUCUUAAUGAGUUGCUUCUGUGUUUGAUUGCGUAUGAUAGUCUGGUGAUUUAUUUAGUGCGUAUCAGGGAUAACAUGUGAUCACAUAAGGUGUGCACGGCGCUGCUGCAUGAGCUGUAAAGUUUAACUAAAUGUUGUUUUGCUCCUCUGGCAGACGGAUGGACAUGCUUGGCUUUGCAGUUCUGUCUCCGUAAAACUUUAACGCAGUAUUUUAUGUGAAACUUUACACGAGUUAGUCGAUUGAAUCAUUAUUAAACAACUCAAAGUGCUCA